AUAACAGAACGUAUCCAAACUUGUCAAAUAAAAUUUUUGUGGUUAUGUUGUAAUAAAACGCAAAAACCAAAUGAUAACAAAAACCUCAAAAUUAUUUACUCAAAUAACAAGAAUAGCAAAGAAUUCGAAAUCAACGCUUAUUAAUUCAACUCAAAUUCGUGCAAACACCAACAUAAAAAUGGUAAAAUAUUUAACACAAACUGAAGCGACGAAUAUAGAUAUUGAACUUUUUAAUGAAUACAAAUUCAGCGUUGAUCAAUUAAUGGAAUUGGCUGGUUUAAGUUGUGCGACGGCGAUAGCAAAGGUUUAUUCAACAAAUCAAUUUCAAAACUCACAAAUUUUGGUGUGUUGUGGUCCUGGGAAUAAUGGUGGAGAUGGUUUAGUUUGUGCGAGACAUUUAAAAUUGUUUGGAUACAACACGGUUGUUUAUUAUCCAAAGCGAACUGAUAAAGAUUUAUAUAAAAAUUUAACUCAUCAAUGCAUUUCAAUGAACAUCCCAGUAUUGGAUGAAUUACCAAAUAAAACACAAAUUAAUUCUUAUGGUUUAUUAAUUGAUGCUUUAUUUGGUUUUAGUUUUAAACCUCCGGUUAGACAGGAAUUCGUUGAGGUGAUUGAGUUGAUGAAAAAUGGGAAUAUUCCAAUCGCAAGCAUUGAUAUUCCAAGUGGUUGGCAUGUUGAAAACGGUGAACCCGAACAAGGAGGAAUUAAACCGGAACUUUUAAUUUCUUUAACAGCACCAAAAUUAUGUGCAAAAAGUUUUAAAGGGAAACAUUAUUUAGGUGGGAGAUUUGUUCCUUUUAAAUUACAAGAAAAAUAUGGUUUAAAUUUACCUGAAUAUCCAGGAACAGAAUCUUGUGUUCUUUUAGGAUAAUCUAACAAAUAUUUCAUAAAAACAAUAUUAUUUAAAUUACUCAAUUUAUGUAAAAGUGAGGUUAACUUCAUUUGACAAUU